CGAAGGUGCAGAAUAAAAUAGAAAACUUAUACUAACGGUUGUCUUUAUGAUGCAGUAAUGGAUUAACACUUUUCACUUUAUUGGUGGCUUGAUUUCCAAUCGCAAAACGGCGAAAUUUGAUGAUGGAAACUUUGGUGUAUUCACUUCUUGUCAUCAUAUUAUCCGUACCGGAUAUGGCGCAAUGUGAGCGAGUUAGAAGACAAGUUUCAGGUCGUGAAAGUUGUUCGGAUAUUAGUGAUUGUCGUAAAGUUGGAAGUUUCCUGGGUAAGGUGGCAUUCAGAUGCGGGAGGGGCUCCUCCAUAAUCAUAUGCUUAAAGCUACCUUCCUCGCUGAAGGUGACUACCCCGGACACAGCUAUAAAAACAAGGAAAACAAAAUCACCAACGACACCAGCCCUUAUAAAACCAACAGAUAAAUCUACAACGACAUUGGAAGCAAGAGCAAGAAAUGAAGUUAAACUUGCAGGAGUUGCAGAUGAUCCAGGUUAUCAUAGAAGCAUGAAGAUACACGCAUGCGCAGAUAUUGUCUUUAUCCUCGACUUUUCCUGCUCUGUCCCCAGAAAAGAUAGGCUAAUGGGUAUUCAGUUAAUAAAUAAGCUAUCAGAACGACUCAUUCUCAACACGAAUGAUGGUGCAUGGUUUGGAGUGGUACCAUUUAGUAGGAAAGUCAUCAGGGAAAACGUUUGGAAAUUUCCCCCGGCAAAUAAAAAAGAUCAAACACUUGAACGUUUUCUAAAUUCGUCUAAUAUCUAUCAGGAAUGUACAACAAGAAUCCGAUUUGCAUUUCAAUUUGCAAAGGAAGCGUUCUUUAAAAAACCAAAUGAUCGAAACGACGAUAAAUACAAAGACCUUGUUAUUGUUGUUGGCGACGGAAGAACAUCUCCGCGGCCACCCAUCGAGAAAAAGUUAGGGUUGAAUAACGCUAAUGCCUUGACAAGGGAGCAAGGCAUUGAGAUUGUGUGGGUGAAGACAAACACUGUUCUUGUCAAUAGGAAAAAGAAUUUGGCAAAUAGCAAAGCCCUGGGGAAAGCCAUUGCUGAAGGAGAAGCUGAGAUUGCAGAUAUAGUUCUUGACCCAUCAUUAAGGUUCUCAUUGGACAAAGAAACAGAGCUUCUAAAUGAUACAGAAACUGUAGGGGGAAUCCUUGAAUAUAUACGAGAUAAUUUCAAGUGCAACUUAUAAUUUCCUAUUCUUAACAAUAAAUUUAUG